UGUGAGCGAACAGCAAGGACCGACCGCUACAACUCGCCGGCCCACCUUCGCUGCCGCAGUGACGGGAAGGCGGCGUCUUCUUCUUCGACCCGUGAUGUUACUUCCGGGGCACACCGAACGUAAACAACCUUUCCGGCCAAAGCGAAUGUCGCCGUUGCAGAAAAGCGCGCAGCCCGGAUAUUAGCGAUGAGAUAAGGCAGCUUUUUUCCCGUUAAACCCAUCCUCUGAAGCUUCAUCAUUUGGCCCCAGCUGCUGCCUAAACAUACAUAUCCACUUAUACGCAGAAAAACAUGACAGAGCCACGCAACCCAGGGAUGUCCUCAAUCCCUCAGGCAGCCCCAGUGCACACCGACUCCACCACCCCAGCUGUAGAGAUGGACCCGGUUGAGUAUACCCUUAGGAAGCGCCUCCCCCGGAAACUGCCAAAGAGACGGAACGACGUCUAUGUCAACAUGAAGACUGAUUUCCGUGCUCAGCUGGCACGCUGUCAGAAGCUUCUGGAAGGUGGGGGUCACAGGGAGAUCUGUGUCCACGGCCUCGGCCUUGCCAUCAACAGGGCUAUCAACAUUGCCCUUCAGCUGCAGGCCACCAGCCAGGGGGCGCUGCAGCUUGCGGCCAACACCUCUACGGUGGAGCUUGUGGACGAUCUGGAGCCUGAAGAUCCUGAUGAGGCCGGGGAGCCAAUGACACGUACACGCAACAACUCAGCCAUUCAUAUUAAGGUUUUCUACCCUGACCCUCAGUGACCUGAAUAAAGUUGUGCCCAGUGUGUCAGGCACAGUUUCUCAAUUAGUCUUCAAGUCCUAUUUGUUUCCUUAUAAACCAGUAGACCAGAAAACAUUGUCUGUUGGGACUAUUUGUGUGGAGAACUAUAAUUACAGACUGCAAAAUAGAGCAGACAAGUAUACAGUGUGUUGUCUGUAUCAGUGAACUAUGUUGGAAUGGACAGCCUUUGUUGACUGGAUAUAUACCGUGCUGUUACGUUUGUCGUGUUGUAUCCUGGCUUUUAAGUUUGCAUGUCUUGAAGCAACAGUGAAGUUUUCCAGGUGAAACCUCCAUGUAAUUUCAUACUUGAAGACAUGGCUGUGCCAAAUGUACACGAACAAGCGUCUUUAGUUUUAAGGCCCAAGAGUCUGUGCAAGUGUUUAGUUUUGUGUCUAUGUUUUCAAAGCUACAAAAAACUGAGAAAUCCAAAGUUUAUAUUUCAAGCAGUUGUUGUUGAAGAUGUCCACUAGAUGUCAGUAGUCAGCUACACAUAGGCAUGCCAGGAUUUAUAUCCCUCUGCGGAUGAACAUCUCAAGCACCAUGUAACAACAAUUUGUUCUCAAAACUGGUUUAUAGAAUGGGUUCAGCUGAGGGUCAGAGACAGUUUCAUAUCAUCGAACUGGUGCUGGUGUUUCAGUUUGGUCAUAAUGAAUGUAGCAGACAGUUAUCAGGAAAGCAUUGUAUCUGAUUUCUGGACAGAAAUAAAAUUUUCUGCAAUGUA